AUGGGCCUUCCUCAAUUCACCAAGCCUUCCAACGACAAGGAUGACCAGAGCUCGCAUGCUCAGCAGCCACAACAAGGAGCGGCUGUGGGUGCCGGCGCCAACACAGGCGCUGGAGUGACGCGCGAGAAAACCGAGGCAGAGAAGGAGGCCGAUCGCCUGUAUGAGGAGAGAAUGGAGGAGGAGUACGCCAAGCGUGAGGGUGGCGCAUAG